CCGGAAGUAACGGAGGACAGGAAGAGAAGAAGAAGAAGCAUCAACAGCAGCUUCAGAGGCUCCUUCAGGCUCCUGGAUCAGCUCUCUGCUGCUGUUUAGCUUCUGGGACACCGAGUCCAGGAAGCCAUGGGACCACGGAGGAAGACGUCCAAGCUUCAGCCCAUAGGGGGCAGUAGUGUGGAGGAUCGGCCUGAGAGGAAGGACUACAUCAACGAGCUCUCCCAUGAGGUCCUCUGUCAUAUAUUCAGGUACCUUCCCAUGAAGGACAUCAUGUGUAUGGAAUGUUUGUCCAGGAAGCUCAGAGAAGCCGUCAGCCUCUACCUGAGGGUCAUCAAGGUGGUGGAUCUGUGUGCGGGCCGCUGGUGGGAGUACAUGCCUUCAGGUUUCACAGACCGCAGCUUUUCCACCCUGUUGAAGAAGAUGCCUGACUUGGAGCAGCUGUAUGGCCUCCACCCUCGCUACCUGGAGAGGAGGCGGGUCAGAGGUUACGAGGCUUUCAGUAUUCCUGGAGUCCUAGAGGCACUGCAAGCGUGUCCCACCCUGCUGGGUGUGGAGACGUCUCAUCUGGAGCUGGUGGAGGCCAUCUGGAAAUAUAUGCCUCAGGUUCACAUUCUGGGAAAGUUUCGCAACCGUAACGGAGCGUUUCCCAUCCCUGCAGAGAAUAAACUCACCAUCCCAGUAACGGCCAAGCUCCAGACGCUUCAUCUAGUGGGCGUGAACGUCCCAGAGAUCCCCUGUGUGUCGAUGCUGCGCCACCUCUACCUGAAGUGGGUCCGUCUGACCAAGCCUCAGCCGUUUAAGGACUUCCUGUGCGUCAACCUGAGGUCCUUUGUGAUGAGGAACUGUGCGGGGCCCACCAACUCGCUGAAAUACGUCCCGCUGGUCACCGGCUUGGCGUCAGCCCGGAACCUGGAGCAGCUGGAGCUGGUGAGGGUUCCCUUCCUGGGCGGCCUGAUCCAGCAUGUGGUGGAGGACAGCUGGAGAUCGGGAGGAUUCAGAAACCUUCACACUAUCGUUUUUGGAGCUUGCAAGAACGCCCUGGAAGUGGACCUUGGCUACCUCAUCAUCACCGCCGCCCGCAGGCUUCAUGAGCUGCGGAUCCAGCCUUCACUCACUAAAGACGGGGUCUUUUCAGCUCUCAAAAUGGCCGAGCUUGAGUUCCCUCAGUUUGAGACGCUCCACCUGGGAUACGUGGACGAUUUCCUCCUACAAUGUAAGAUGAGUCACCUGGAGCUGGUUAAAUAUGGUCUGGCUGAUGUGGUGGAGAACCCUGGCAUAAUCACAGACAUCGGCAUUAAGGUGGUGAACGAGGUGUUCACCAACAUUAAAUACCUGCUCAUCUACAACUGUCCUCACCUCCAUAACCCUCAUCAGUGGAUCACAGAUCACUCCAGAUGGAGCCGCCUGGUUGACCUGACAUUAGUUCGUUGCCACGCUAUCAAGCUGGAGUCCUUCUGCCACUUCGUGGAGUUAUUACCCUCCCUGGAGUUCAUCUGUUUGGACCAAAUGUUCAGAGAGCCGCCCAAGGGCUGUGCCAGGGUGGGGCUGAGCGCAGGAACUGGCAUCGGUGUGUCCUCUGCGCUGGUGUCUAACCAGAAUGCCAGCAAUGACAACAACCAGCACCAUCACCCUAAUGAGGCCAACGUGCCUCCUGCUGCUCCUCCUCCUGCUCCUCCUGCUCCUCCUGUCAACAACAUCAAUAACAACCAAAGGCAGCAGGCUGAUGAGCCCCUGGAGAUAAAUGGUUUGCAGGAAGAAGAUGAAGCUGAAGCAGGGGAGGUGAUAUUUGAGGAGGAGAAAAUGGAGAUAGAGCCUCACAUAGACCUGAAGGAGGCGGAAGGAGGAAUGGGGAUCGAAAACAUCAGUCAAGCGGGAACAUCGCAGCCUCCCGAUCAGGAGCAGGCAGGUCCCAGCGGUCUGAACCAGGCGGGAAGAGCCGCUGCUGGCGCUCCUCAGCUUCCUCUGGCCGUCUCAGACUCUGACUCUGAGGAGGAGGAGGGGCUUGUUUCCAGGCUAAUGCCACCUGCCUGUCUGCAGCAGCCAACUUCCUGUGGGAAAGGUAAAGGAAAGACUCCUCUUCGACGUUCCAAAGGAGCUGCUGUCUGUGAUCAAGGAAAGGCUUUGGUGUCGCAGGGCACCUGUGAGAAGAGCUGUCAGGUAACCAGCGAACAGAUCAAGGCAGACGUAAAGGCUGCUACAGAGACCUGCAGGAGAUCCGCAGCUAAAGAAAAGGGCUGUGAGAUGGAGGGGGGCGCGGCGAGGCAAAGGGCUGACGGUGGGUCGGUCCAAAGCACCGGCAGCAGCGGAGCGGCAUCCAGCUGCAGGACCAGGCCCAUAACGGGAUCUGUGAGCAGGGUAGGAGCUGGAACGGCUCCUGGACACACGCAGGGAUUUGGGAGGAAUGCUGACAGGAACACCUGCAGCCCCACCGCUGACAGAUCUACUGGCUGUGGAAGGACUGGUGGAUCUACAUGUCAUAGAUCUGACCUGCAGACAGGAGACGGUCCCACAGCGAGGAGAGGAUCCGGCAGCAGCAGAAACCCACCAUCAGGAUGCGCUUCCAGUGGGACGCCGCAGGAACGACAGCGAAGCAGAGAGCCCGCCAUGGCUGGACUGGAUUGUUCCCAGCAUAAUGAGGGCUGUCAGAACUUCAUUCCAAGGCGGCCUUUAACUAGAUCCUGCAUCACCACGUCUGCAGAGUCCUGGGAACCAGAACCAGAUAUUUCCAAAGCCAAGCCUCAAGCCGCCGUUAGAAGGAAACGGAUGGCGGACAAAUCUACCAGCACCUCUGACCCGGUCACUGAGGAUGACCACGAACAGGUUUUGUCCCUGAAGAGUAAGAACCUGGUGGGCAUCACUCUGACCAACUGUGGGAUCACCGACCUGGUCCUCAAAGAUUGUCCCAAGAUGAUGUUCAUUCAUGCCACUAGGUGUCGUGUUCUGAAGCACCUGAAGAUAGAGCGCGCCCCCAUAGUGAACAGGUUUGACUUUGCUCAGUGUAAGAAGCUGGACAUGGAGCAGGUUCUGGACCAAAUCCUCCGAAUGCCUCCUGAGAGAAAUCGAAUCAUCUACAUGCGUCCGAUGCAUCAGAUUGACUCCGUCGCCCUGGAGCGCCAGCUUUUCCAGGGACCUUAUCCUUAUCACAUUGCUGUCGUUCAUGAAUUCAGCAACCCGCCAAAUAUACGCAACAAAGUUCGCAUUCGCAGCUGGAUGGACACCAUAGCCAACAUCUGCCAGGAGUUGAUCAAGUACGAGUUUUUCCCAGAAACCACCAGAAGGGAGGAUGAUGUGAAGAAGUAUCCCAAAUACCCCUGGGGGCGGGGCAUCUACACGCUAGAGGGAGUGGUGGAUGGCGCCCCCUACAGCAUGAUCACAGACUUCCCCUGGCUGAGGACUCUGAGGGCCGCCGACCCAAACGGCUACGCGCGCUGUGACUUUGAGGAUGACGAAAGCACAACCAUCUACGCUCCCAGGAGGAAGGGGCAGCUCUCCGCUGACAUCUGCAUGGAGACCAUCGGCGAGGAGAUCUCUGAGAGCAGGCAGAGCAGGAGAGGAGUGUUCCAGAGGGUGGUGGUGCUCUUCCUCCAUCACUGCGACAUGCCUGGAGAGCCUGUGGAGGACGACUACAUCUAGAGCCGUUUCCCCUGAUGGUCAACGACUGGACAAACUGAUCUAACUAGCUCAGAUCUAGCUCGCUCAGAUCUAACGAGCUCAGAUCUAGCUCGCUCAGAUCUAGCUCGCUCAGAUCUAGCUCGCUCAGAUCUAACUCGCUCAGAUCUAGCUCGCUCAGAUCUAACGAG